GCUAGGCAUUGUGGGAAACACAUGGGCAAAUGAUAUAUACUCUUAAAAUAAUAUAUUUUAUUUCUCUUUUCUGUUUUUUUCUGCCCCAAUAUAGUUUAUAUUUCGUUUACAUUGAAUGAUUCUGUUUUAUUCUGAUAAAUCCUGCUUACAUGUUCUUUUAUAUCUUGUCUAAAUGGUCUUGUAAGCAAGUGAAGUUGCACUUCCUUACUUUUUUUUUGUAGUUGAGUAAUUAAUAGUUUAUGAUUAUAUGACUAAAGGUGCCAUCAGACUUUACGGCAGCACUUCCUGCAGCUCCUCCCUCCCUCCAUCUGUCAGCUGUGUGCACCGUUAGCCCGUCAGCUAGCUCGCAGCUCACCAGGCCACAUCGGCCGGCCGGUGCAUCCUCCUCAGCUUCCAGCCAUGGCGUUGGUCACCCUGCAGCGGUCCCCGACCCCGAGCGCCGCCUCCACCGGGAGCACAGCGACCACGACCGCGGGGGAGGAUUUUGGGAGUGAAGAUGAACGGCGAACAAAUCAGAGCCUGAGCGAGAGCUUCUUCAUGGUGAAGGGUGCUGCUCUCUUCCUGCAGCAGGGGAGCAGUCAGCAAGGCCAGAAAGCACUUCCUCACACCAAACAUGCAGGCGACUUACCUCAACACCUGCAGGUGAUGAUAAACAUCCUUCGCUCGGAGGACAGAAUCAAACUGGCGGUGCGGCUGGAGAGUGCAUGGUCAGAUCGUGUGCGGUACUUGGUGGUGGUGUACACCAGUGGGCGACAGGACACAGAGGAGAACAUUCUACUGGGAAUCGACUUUACCAACAAAGACUGCAAAAGCUGUUCGAUCGGCAUGGUGCUACCCCUGUGGAGUGACGCUAAGAUCCACCUGGACGGCGACGGGGGCUUUACUGUGAACACGGCAGGUCGGACUCAUGUCUUCAAACCCGUGUCGGUGCAGGCUAUGUGGUCGGCUCUGCAGGUGCUGCACAAGGCAUGUGAGGUGUCACGCAGAUAUAACUACUUCCCUGGGGGCAUCGCUCUCACCUGGAUAGGCUACUAUGAGAGCUGCAUCGCGUCAGACCAAAGCUGCAUCAACGAGUGGAAUACCAUGAAAGACUUGGAGACCACACGGCCAGACUCACCUACCAUGUUUGUCGACAAGCCUUCAGAGAGAGAGAGGACAGAGUGCCUUGUUAAAGCAAAACUCAGAAGCAUCAUGGCGUGCCAGGAUCUCGAGAACGUAACCUGCAAACAGAUCCGUACAGAGUUGGAGCAACACAUGAACUGCAACCUGAAGGAGUACAAAGAGUUCAUUGACAAUGAGAUGCUGCUGAUCCUGGGCCAGAUGGACAAAGCCACUCUUAUCUUUGACCAUGUCUACCUGGGAUCUGAAUGGAAUGCAUCUAAUGUGGAGGAGCUGCAAGAGACAGGGGUGAGCUAUAUCCUCAACGUUACAAGGGAGAUAGACAACUUCUUUCCAGGCACAUUCAGUUAUCACAACAUUCGCGUCUAUGAUGAGGAGGCCACUGACCUGCUGGCUCACUGGAACGACACAUACAACUUCAUUGUUAAAGCAAAAAAGAACCAGUCCAAGUGUCUAGUUCACUGCAAGAUGGGCGUCAGUCGAUCUGCCUCCACUGUCAUUGCUUACGCCAUGAAGGAGUUUGGCUGGUCGCUAGAGAAGGCUUAUAACUUUGUCAAGCAAAAGAGGAGCAUCACACGUCCAAAUGCAGGUUUCAUGAGACAACUGGCGGAGUACGAAGGCAUCCUGGAUGCCAGUAAACAGCGGCACAACAAGCUGUGGCAUCCAGACGCAGACUGUGAGAUGGCAGAGGGACAGCAGGGGGUGGCUCAGUGUUGUGGCGGGGAGGAGGGAGGCCACCUGACUCCCGAGCCAGGGAUGUCUCCUUGCUGUGAGGAGGCGCUGUCUGACAAAGGUGCAGCAUGCCCCUCCCCGUGCAGGACUGUUUCACUUGAAGUUGACCCUGCUUACAAUAACUACUAUUUCCGCCGGCUCUCUGACUCUGCGCUGGACAGUGAACCAUCAACACCUGUGCGCGGCCCCCCUCUUCUUGGCAUGGAGAAAGUAUUUAUAGAAAUCGAGGAUGUCGAGCGGGAUGCUCUGCUGGACGACGAGACCUGUGAUGGGCAUGAAAGCCUGCCCCUCCCGCACUUUGGGCCCAAAGCAGAGGGAACUGCUGCCCAGACCUGCAGUCGUGUUCCUGAGCCCCUGGAGGAGCUGCGCCUUAGGCUGGAGUUCAGCACAGUGGAGGAGGAGGAUGAGGAGGAGGUGCAAAAGGAGGAGGCUGAGAUGGAGGUACUAAUGCAGCCGGAUGAUGGCGGGGGUGGGGAAGGAGGUGGAGGAGAGGAAACGCAAGAUGUGGAGGUAGAGGGGGAUACAGAGGCUAAUGGGAUGGACCUGGCAACCCUGAAUGAAAAUUCCAAUAACAACAACAACAACAACAACAACAACAACCAUUUGAGCCCUUCAUGUACCCACAAUGAAAAAUCUUCCACCAUCCUUCCAGUUGAUGCUUCUACAUUGUCUCAUUGGUCUUUUAAGUCCAAUCAGAAAGAAGUUUCUCCAAAUGUGGCUCCUAAGCUUUGCCUUAAACCCAGUCCUCCUGAAGUCCCAAGUGAUUCGUUCCCACAGCCCCUUACCUCCUCUGAAGGCCUCACGUCUUCGGUGGGACUGCUGUAUCCCUGUGGCCCCCUGUGUGACUGUGCCAACUGUACCGCCUCCCCAACCACAGCUCUACUCAGCAGAGAGGAGCAGCCAGGAGAAUCGCUGCACUUAGUUCAGCCUGAGGACAGUGCUGAGUUGUUGGAAGUGAAGACUGAGCUUGACCAAAGCCAAUCUGCAGCUCCCUCGGAGGCUCUCCCUGAGCUUAUGAGAAUGGAUGUGGAUGAAGAGGUGCCUGCAGUGGCUUGCGUUGUUGGCCAACAACAGGAGACCCUUUUACAGCUGCAAAGAUCUGGGCUGGUCCGCCGCCAUGCAGAGAGACUAGAGAAACUUUCAGGUUCCUCUCAAGACAUCCUGCACUCUCUGAAGCCUUUGCAUGUGUGCCAAAGGUCCAAGAAGACCCCCUUUCUCACUGAAGAUGAAGAGGAAUUCUCCAGCUUUACCAGGGACUUCAAUAAAUCUUCGACACCAUGCCAAUUGCGGUUAGAGCCACUGGUGAUGCCACUGACCAAUGAAGCCUUGUUAGGGGUUGUAGGGUCUGGGCUUCUCACACCCACCUCCUCGCCUCAUGGCUCCACCCUGACACGCAGCUCCAGCAGUGACAGUCUGCGGAGCGUGAGGGGGAAACCAGGCCUCGUACGCCAGAGGGCGCAGGAGAUCGAGACCCGCAUGCGGCUGGCGGGCCUGACCGUACCCUCAAGGCUGAAGCGGUCCAACUCGCUGGCCAAGUUGGGCAGCCUCAACUUCUCCUCUGAGGACUUGUGUUCGGCCUGCUCCUCAGACACAGGGACACUGCUGCUGCUCUCACUGUCCCCAGAGCCUGACACUGGUCUGGAGUGGGACUCCCCCACCACCUCUGCUCUGCCUCGGCCACACAAAGACCUGUACACUCCAGAGAGAAAGGUGCCAGGUGAGCCCAGAAGCUGACACAUCACGUGGAGGUUAUAUACACUCCACCCAGCCCUUCAUAUCUCCCCCUGUGGAGCUGGAGAGGGUUGUACAGGAUUCUAGUCUGAGGAAACAAAUUAUAUAUACAUACAUAUAUAUAUUAAAAACAAAAAAACAAAACAAUGCCAACUGUUGUUGUGAGGAGUGUACAUUCUCCUUUGCCACACUGUUUCUCAAACUGCUGUUCAAAGUGAUGAAAGUCGUAAGUGCUGUAUCUGACAAGUGUGCAAGCCAUCACCUCACCUCUGACAUGGUUCGAUUCAUGGACAAACAAGUGCCUUACCUUUGAGACCAGAGGCACAUAGUUGUAUGUUAGACUGCAGGAUGAGACGGUACAUGACGCUCUAUGACCUUUAAUUUCACAGCUGUUGAAAAGUACCUGAUAUGUACCAAAUUAUAGAAUCCAUCGGCACUUGGAUUAUUUUUAACCAUCUGAUACAAAAGUAGUAGCCUGCAUCGAUGAAAUCGAGUCCCUCAGUGGAGCUUGGCGGAAAGCAGAGUGUUAAAUAAAUGUAUAGUUGUUUACCGCACAGUUUAUGCUUUAGAUGCUCGAGGGUUGUAAAAUUAAUGGUUACCUCACGUUGCAUACAUUCAUGCUCUUUGUCAGACGAACACCGGGGCUGGAGUUUAAUUCAGUUUGUUCACUGAUGUCGAGUUAAAGUGAGGAAAAUCGGUUUGAACACAUUUUUAACGCAGGGGUGUGUGUUAGUGCAUUAGUGCGUAACAACGUGUGAGUCUCUGAGUGAAAGGGAUGAAUGUUGGGAGAGGACGUUGUCAUUUUGUUUUGCCAGAGGCAUGCUCACUGUUUUCAGCAAACGGAACAGAAACGUUUCUAAGUUUGUUGUCCCUUUGCACUGCUUUUUUUUAUUGGGUGAAUCCUGCUACAAAGCAAGCUAUCUUCCAAAAUAACAUUAGAGUAAUGUUAUUGACCUCAUCAUUCCCCUCAGAGUACGAUGUUUUUGGGAGAGCAGAGUGAGGAGUGCAUGGUUUGAAAUCACAACACAAAAUGUGCUACUAACUGAGAUUUAGGGGAGUCAAAUAAUACGGUGUAUUUCACAAGCAAAAGUUAUCUGAUCAUCUUUGACAAGAUAUAAACAGAAAAUGUUAAACCUCAUUUACCUUAAAAUCGUUCUUAAGGGUUGCCAACAUUUUAAACUCAUUUGUGCUUUUUUGAAAUGUGAAAGACCAAAGUUGUUUGGCUGUCUCGACAAAUUGGAAAUACCGCUGACGCUGUACAAAAUAUGUGAAUCACAAUGUCAAUCAUGUACAUUUUUUUUUUAAAUGCUGUCACAUCUUUUUUGCACCUUUUGGGAGAAAUGAAAGCUACUCAGUGUAGUCGUCAGGCUCACAGCUGUUAAGCUUUUACACUCAUCAUCAAUGAGUUUUAAAGCUUUUUUCACACUGACGUGACAACGAUCACAAUAGGUUACUUCACAGUUAUGUAACCAUGUUUUGUUUUUAUAUUUAAGUAUGCAGUAACUUUUGUACUGUACAUUGCUGUAGUUCGAAUGCAUAUUGCACUUUUAUGUUGGUCAAAAUAAAGUACUGUAUGUGUUAAUAAUGGAAAUAAACAUUUCUUUUACAUAA